GAAAAAAAAAAGAUCGCAUACGGUUGGAGGGAUUUCCUGUGCUGUUGCUGAGCUGCAGAAAUUUAGCGACGGCUUCAACUAAGGGCGUCUCGGUGACUUCGUUUUCCUGAUUUAAUGUCUUAGUAAAGAAAUCCUUACUGUGCGUGUCCUAGACUACACCCAGAAGUAGCUAGCUAGCCAGUAAUAAGGAUGUCUGAAGCCACUGUGGCCGAUACUCGCCGGUUAAACUCCAAGCCGCAGGACCUGACAGACGCGUACGGACCUCCGAGUAAUUUUCUGGAAAUUGACGUUUACGAUCCGCAAACUAUCGGAGUCGGGAGGAAUCGGUUCACCACCUACGAAGUCCGGAUGCGGACCAACCUCCCCAUUUUCAAGAUGAAAGAAUCUUGUGUACGGAGAAGGUACAGUGACUUUGAGUGGCUGAAAAAUGAGCUGGAAAGAGACAGUAAGAUUGUCGUCCCUCCUCUGCCUGGGAAGGCACUGAAGAGACAGCUCCCUUUCCGUGGAGAUGAGGGAAUAUUUGAGGAGUCGUUUAUCGAAGAGAGACGAGUCGGGCUUGAACAGUUCAUCAACAGAAUUGCUGGUCAUCCCUUGGCUCAGAACGAGCGGUGUCUUCACAUGUUCUUGCAAGAGGAGAGCAUCGAUCGCAACUACAUCCCUGGAAAAGUACGGCAGUAGGGCUUUACAAAAGCGGGACUCGGGGCGGGUUCUUCUUUCUCCUGUUCUCAACUUCUAUUCCCACUCAUCUGCAAAACAGUGCAGAGUAAUGUAUAUUUUUGCACCAAGUAAAGCUAGAUGCGUUGUAAAAAAAAAAUGCAGGACUUGACUUUAUUGGCCAGGUGAUGCUUUUGUACCCGUUGUAUGAGAGUUGCUUUUUACACACACAGUGUAUUUGUUUUACAUCUAUACAAUGUACAACUUCUUAGGGUGCUUGUGUGUGUGUACGCAUAAUUAUUAUUAUAUGAUCAUAUCUGAACGCUGUAGCACUAAACAAAGAGGGUUGGCCUAUGUCUUUGUCCUCUAAGGCAGAUGUUCGUGUCAAUACUAAGAGAAGGAUGAACACAUUCCAGUAAAAAGUGCUUACUUUUAUUAUAAAGAGCAUGUAGAAAUAUAAAUUUCUGAUCAUGUAUUGCAUGUGUGACAUGUGGUACUCAAAUCUAAAAUGUUAGAAUCGCAAUUCUUGUUCUAUAAGUAUUUCAGCUACUGAUUAAAACGUGUAAGGACAUGGCAUUCUGCGCUGGUAAAGUUCAAAGUGUUCUGUUUAUGCAUAUUAAUCAGAGAGCAUUUGAGGGAUUCUCCCCC